GGGUUCUUUGGCCACCCUGGUAGCACGUGUUUGGUAGUCUUUUUCGAAAUCCAAAAAUCCCACUCACUGCCGCGCACCAACAUCAUGUCGCGGGGUCGUGGGCGUGGUACGGGUUUAUCCUUUAACGCCGAACUAUUAGGCGUGGGUCGAGGCCAGGAGGCCAUCCCAGCCUCGCUGCUCACACCACCCCCUUUAUAUCCCGCCCGCUUGGCCCCGCCCUGCCCUUUAGUGGAAGGACCCGAGUCUGACUACUUGUUGGCCGUGCGAAAAGAGUUUCUCCAUCAAAUGAAGAGCUCAGGAUUCCAAUUGGGGGGCCACCCUCGGAGUCAGAACACCCAGCCUCCGGGGGCGCCCACCUCGGCUCUCAAGGUGGAGCGCUACUCGGAUCGCUAUCAAACCCCCGAGGAUAUCCCGUUGCAACUCGAUUGGUCCCGAUUCCCGGCCGAGCUCAGACCCGAAAAUCGAAGACGACGGAUCAAACGACGACCAAUGCCCACGUUGACCCAAGCCAAAAAGCCCAAUUUGGUGAGCCGAGGUGAUGUAACCCAGACUUUGGACGAAUUGGAAAAGAAAGAGAAGAGCGGCGAUAAAAGUGAGGACGAGACGGACAAAAAAGAAGGGUCUGACGGCGAGGAUGAGGAUAAGCCCAAACUGCCCGGAGCCAUCGAGGACUCCGAGGGUGAAUUGGAGGAUGAGGAGAUGGAUGAUGGCACGGAUUAUGCCAAUAACUACUUUGACAACGGUGAAGAGUACGGCGAUGAGGAUGACGAUAAUCUGGAUGAAGGUGGUAUUUAUUAGCCGAACCCCUGGUUGCUCUCGAAGGAAAGGAUGAGGCCAGCGCCCCUCGCUUUCCCCCGCCCAAAGUACUUUGACCCGUAGAUGUGGGGAUACUUCGGGGUCAUGUGUCAAGGCUGUGAUGAAAAGCGUCACCGGACGUCCAACGAACAAAGUUGGUUAAAUUGUAAGAAAAUGUAUUUCGGUGAAACCAAGACAUGACGAGAGCUCACAACUAGAUCAUAAAUCGGUGACAUGGUCGAUA